GGCACUCUGGGAGACAGAGUCUCGUGAGGCUGCCCCGGCAUUCUUGGGGGAGGGGGACUCUCGGAACUCCGCGCUGACCCAAAAGCUGUGAGCCGCCCAGACGCCCCCGCAUGGGGACAGCGUCUCCCUUACAAACAGUUCGGAGGAGACACUGCAGCUGGUCCCAUUUAACAACAGAAAAGCCGAGCCAGGGCGAACUACUCUCCGACCGCAUUCGCGACCAGCCCUGAGAUAGUCUGGGUGACGGUGGACUCGGCCUGCGAUGCUAGCCUACGGUUCCCACACGCCCCGACGCUCCCACUGUGCCCUCAAUCCCGGAAACGGAACUGCCUGCGCGUGAGGGCGGGACCAGUGUGGCCUGCGGCUGGCCGCCGGCGGCUGGGCGGGCCUUUCCUGCGGGCGCUGAUUGGCUGCGCCAAGCCAACUCUCGUUAUUUGAAUCUGGGGCGGGCGCAGCGGACGACGGUCGCGUCCUGCGAGAGCGGAGCUUGUUGGAGUUCCUUCGGCCCGGCUUCUUCCAGCUCGUAUUUCUAGCACGGGGAAGGCGCGGCGCUCCUCCCUUGCGGUGGGCGUCGACGCGGGUCCGGGGCCUGGCCACAGUACACAGAAUGAGUCUGCAUAUCUUAAAUGACGAAAAUGUCCCCAGUGAAAAGAAUUCAGAAAGCUGUGACUUCCUGUUUUCACAACCAGAGCUUACCGGAAGAUCCUCUGUUCUUUGUCUGUCACAGAAAGAAAAUGUACCACCCAAGAACCAGGCUAAAGCAGCCAAGGUGACUUUUCAGACACCUCUUCGGGAUCCACAGACACACAGGAUCUUAAGUCCUAAAAUGACCAGCAAACUUGAGACUCCUUUUGCUUUGGAUGACAAUAUCGGAUUAGAAAACGCUCACUGUGUCUUUUUACAGAAAGAGAAUCAGCCACCUCUAGCCCCAGUGGAUGACACACCUGUUGAGUUGGCAGCUGAGAUCCUAAGAGCAGAAGGCGAACUACAGGAGGGAAUCUUGAAUUCCUCAAGCACCUCAGUUUCUACAAGUUUCCUGAAUGCUGAGCUGGUGGCCCCUCCCACUGAGCCAGUACUGGAGCCUUCCCAUCAAGAACCAGAGCCUAUCUUAGACAGUGAGCUGGUGGCCCCUCCCACUGAGCCAGUACUGGAGCCUUCCCAUCAAGAACCAGAGCCUAUCUUAGACAGUGAGCUGAUGGUCCCUUCCACUGAGCCUUUGCUGGAGUCUUCCCAUGGAGGACCAGAGCCUAAUUUGAAUGGUGAGCUGAUGGCCCCUCCCAUUGAGCCAGUGCUGGAGCCUUCCCAUCAGGAACCAGAGCCUAUCUUGGACAGUGGGCUGAUGGCCUCUCCCAUUGAGCCAGUGCUGGAGCCUUCCCAUCAGGAACCAGAGUCUAUCUUGGACAGUGGGCUGAUGGCCCCUCCCAUUGAGCCAGUGCUGGAGCCUUCCCAUCAGGAACCAGAGCCUAUCUUGGACAGUAAGCUGGUGGCCUCUCCCAUUGAGCCAGUGCUGGAGCCUUCCCAUCAGGGACCAGAGUCUAUCUUGAAUGCUGAGCUGAUAACCCCUUCUAUUGAGCCAGUGCUGGAACCAUCCCAUCAGGGACCAGAGCCUAUCUUGGACAAUGAGCUGAUGGUCCCUUCUAUUGAGCCAGUGCUGGAACCUUCCCAUCAGGAACCAGAGCCUAUCUUGAAUGCUGAGCAGAUGGCUUGUCCUGCUGAGCCAGUGCUGGAACCUUCCCAUCAGGGACCAGAGCCUAUCUUAGACCCAAAGGAAGAGACCUUCAGAGACCCAGCAGAAGUUCUAGGUACUGGCCUGGAAUUUGAUUAUCUGGAGCAGUUUGGAACCUCCUCGUUUAAGGAGUCAGCCUGGAGGAAGCAGUCUUUGUACUUGAAAUUUGACCCCCUCCUGAAAGAGAGCCCUUUGCGGCCAAUGCCAGUGGUCCCGGUGACAAAUAGUACACAGGAUACAAAUGAGUCUGGCUCGGGAAAUCCGAUGGAAGGCAAGCUUGUGGAUUUAGAUUUCGUGGGCACUCUGGAUGUUCCUGUGUCAGGCCCACCCCUGUGUGUCCUUGAACCUAGAGGUCUGCUUCCUGCUGAGCCUAUUGUAGACGUGCUGCAGUACAGCCAGAAAGACCUGGACGCAGCGGUGAGUGCAGCACAACAGGAGAACCUAGAGCUGAAAAGCAAGUAUGAGGACCUCAACGCAAAGUACUUGGAAAUGGGGAAGAUCGUGGAUGGGUUUGAGAAGAUCGUUUACAAGUCAAUGGAGGAGGCUGAGAAACAGAAGGAACUGGCUGAAGACAAAAUCCAGAAGGUCCUAAAGGAGAGAGACCAGCUCACCGCAGACCUGAGCUCUAUGGAGAAAUCCUUCUCUGACCUUUUCAAGCGCUUUGAGAAGCAGAAGGAAGUGAUUGAAGGCUACCGGAAGAAUGAAGAGUCCCUGAAGAAGUGUGUUGAAGAAUAUAUAGUGAAGAUUGGAAAGGAAGGCCAGAGGUAUCAGGCGCUGAAGGCCCAUGCAGAAGAAAAGCUCAAUCUCGCAAAUGAGGAGAUCGCCCAAGUACGCAGCAAGGCCCAAGCAGAGGCACUGGCUUUCCAGGCAAGCCUGAGGAAGGCACAGAUGCAGAUCCAGUCACUGGAGAAGACUGUGGAGCAGAAGACAAAAGAAAAUGAUGAGCUGACCAGGAUCUGUGACGACCUCAUCUCUAAGAUGGAGAAGAUCUAAGCAAAGCCUAUCACCAGCCCUCAUCUGUCUGUCUGUCUGUCCUUGUCUUUGUCUGUGUUCUCUCUUUUGUGUUGUCUUUUAACCCCUAUUUCUAAGUCACAUUAUUUUGAAAAGACUAAAGUUUAAUUUCAAACUCAA